AUGGAAGAUGCAAUGGAGGUAGCCUGUGGGUCACCAAGCCGCCAGCUCACGAUUCGUACCACAAGUAUGCAUAAAAACACCCAUCAGGAAACAUGUGACUGGAGUUCAGAGGAUGGAGACAACCAAAACAUCUAUACGCCUACUUCUUCGACGGAUAGUGCGAAUGAGAUGAUUGCGACACCAACGUCGUCAACAGCUUCACAAACUGUCACAGAGUCUCCUUCCCCCGCACCAGGCCAAGAAAACAGCGAAAGCCAGCCACUGAAUUCAUCAACGACUCCAAAUUUACCCUUGGAUGACAGAGCAGAGGCAUCAUGCGAGGCCCCUGCUGACGAUGAAGAAGUUUCUGACAUAUCAAUGUGGCCUACUGCAACGAGAACAGACGAUAAUGCUGAAGAAUUCGAUCCGGUUGAAGUACAAAACGCGGUUGCUGCAUCUGCCUCCUUUACUGAAAUGGCACUUGCACAAGAUAUUGAGAAAGCUCUUAAAGAAUCUCUGGAGUUGUUGGACCUGGAGCGUCUGGAGUAUGAGCCGGCAACUCGCGAACAACACCGGAUUCAGAGUGCGUAUGUUGAAGAUUUGACGGCCGAGCCAGGAUACCAUAGUAAAGAAGACGAUAAGUUCUUCUUUGAGGAAGUACUUGAUGAUACUCCAGAGCCUGAGGAAGACGAAAACGAAGACGAAGAUACGGACCAACCCAUGUGUGAGGAUUAUGAAAGUCUGAUCUGA